AAGAAGGUGACCAAGAUGAUGACCUCUUAUUCUACAACCCUUGGACUAAUAUUGUUUCUGACAACAACUCUGCAGUAUAUGUUGCUUUAACUGCUGAAGUUCCUACAACACCUCUUCUAACUGUCAAUACUUUUUUGAAUGGACAACAAAAAGAAAAAGCUAAAGAAAUCCUUUUGAACAACCACCAAAUUUUUGCUGAAAAUAUUUCUGAAGAAGGACAAACCUUAGAACUGGGACAAACCAAAGAAGUUUGCUAUGAAAUUAAUACUCCAGGUGCUAAACCAAUUAAACAACGAGCCUACAGAGCAUUACUAGACGAUUUAGAGUUCUUGAAAAAAGAAAUUAAAGAAAUGGAAAAACGUGAAAUUAUUCAAGAAUCAAAUAGCCCAUGGUCUUUACCAGUAGUUAUUGUACCCAAAAAGAAUAGAAAAUGUCAAAUUUGCAUUGACUACCGAAAGUUAAAUGCAGUAACAACAAAUUAUGUAUAUCCUCUUCCUGAUAUUAAUGAAAUCCUAUCUGUCUUUGAAGGAGCUUAA